AUGAAGAAAACAAAGAUUUUGACGAUGCAACUCCAAGCAGAAGAGCUUAACAUCCUAGAUGCGAUGAAGUUAAUUGAAGCAACAGUAGAAAAUCUUAAGAAGAUUCGCAUUGAUAACAAGGCUAUGGAUGAAGAGUUGGAUGCUCUAAACGAGUGCGCUAAACAGCAUGGAAUAGAUUCAGCGGCUGAGUUUAGUGGAAAUAUCGACUUAGGCUUUCAUAUUGAAGCAGGGGCUAUAUUAUGUGAGCUAGAUGUUUUUAAGUCAAUGAUUGAACAGCAACAGAUCCAGCCAACUUCCGUCAAAGAGGCUGCCAAAUUUUCAUAUGAAAACAGACGACUUUUCCCAACGGUUUACAAAUGCUACAGCCUUCUUCUUACAGCACCUGUGUCUGUGGCUAAAGACGAGCGAACCUUUAGCAAACUUAAGAUUGUUAAAAAUUUGCUGCGAUCAAGGAUGAAAGAUGAACGAUUGAAUGAUCUCAUUCUACUUGCUUGUGAGAAAGACCUAACAGACACUAUCCCACUUGAUAAAGUAUUAAAAGCAUGGCAUGAAAAAAAUGAGAAGAAUUUCAAUUAA